AUGAUCUCUUCUGACCACAACACAAUGAAACUAGAAAUCAACGAGAAAACUGAAAAAAUCAGAGCGGACGCAAGCGCGGCGCUCCGGCUUUCUCUCCAGGUGUGGCCUUUGAAGAAAAACUGUCGUUUGAGAAUCAUGGUGCGGCCUGGACUCUCCGCCGCUGCUGAAGAGCGGCAGAGAAAUCUGCAGGAGUACCUAGCAGCCAAGGGAAAACUGAAGUGCCAAAACACCAAGCCUUACCUGAAAGCCAAGAAUAAUUGCCCAAAUCCUCCGCCUUCUAAAUCUACUAUUGGACCCAAAAAGGAUGUUACCAACCACAUUGCCUUGCCAGUCAGAGCUACGAGAUCCAUCAGCAUUAAACUGCAGUCCAGACCUGCCAAUAUCACCAGGUCUCAGAGACCAAAGUUGGAGCCACCAACACUAGAAGAGCUGGCCAAGAAGACAGAAUCUGGAGCAUCUUGCCUUUCCCCAAAAGAGAGCGAACAGAUGUCAGUAACACCCCAAAUAACAAAGUCAGAACAGGAUGGUCAUCCUGGUAUCAAAUUACAGAUCGCCCCGAUCCCUCGGAUAAAUGGGAUGCCAGAGGUGCAGGACAUGAAGCUGAUCACACCCGUGAGGCGUUCGGCCAGGAUUGAACGAGCUGUGUCCCGCUACCCGGAAAUGCUGCAGGAACACGACCUCGUGGUGGCUUCUCUCAACGAGCUCUUAGAAGUGGAAGAGACCGAGUGCUUUAUAUUCCACAAAAAUGAGGCUUUGCCUGUAACGUUAGGGUUUCAAGUCCCUGAAUCAUAA